AUGGCGCAGAGCGUGGACACCACCAUUUCCCUCGAGUCACUGGGGGUUGAAGACAUUGAAAACACGUCACUUGCGGAUCUCGAGAGCAAGAUCCAGGGGUUCACUAACUUUGAAUUGUCACCGAACCAGGUCAUCAGCCUUUUCCUCUCAUGGCUCAACCAGCAGCUCGGCGUCUGGAGUUACUCUGAGGACGCCACCAUCUCAAAACACAUCGCCUCAUUCUGCCGGGCGCUUGAGUCCCGAGGGUUCGAGAAGAGUGUUGUCCUGCGCGCCGUGGCGGACUGGAAGCAGGCCCAAUCUCAGGUUGACCCAUCCCUUUCCCGUCGAUUCAGUCUCACAGAAGUCGAGAUCGAUAGGCAUUACCCUGGUGACGGAAGGCUGAGCCCAUCUCACACUGAACCCGCCAAGCCGGAGCCUGGCCCUACGGAGGUCAUUGAAAUUGACUCGGACUCGUCUUCCAGCAGUUCUAUCGUUUUCCUCCGCUCGCAAGACAUUGACACCAUGAAAUCAGACAGUCUCCCUCGUGGAGGCAAGGGAUCAUCUCCGCCGAAGACCUAUGUCUGUCGACGUUGUGGUCAAAAGGACAAACAUCAGCUUGUCGAUUGCCCGACAAACAUGGAUCCCGAUUUUGAUUGCCCCCCUCGCAAAGAUUAUGUUUGCAAGAUCUGUGGAAUAGCCGGAGAGCACUACAUAGUGCUUUGCCCUAGAAAUGAGAACCCGAACUCCCUCACCCAGCGGAGAAAGCGGGUGGGUAUGCGGACUGACUCUUCUGAUAAAGAAGAAAACAACAACAGGACAGGAGAUAUACUCCAAGACGAGGCGACAGUGCCGCGUCGUCAUUCGAUGGACUAUCCUAUGGAUGACCAUAUGCACGAGAGCCGCCGAGCGCUGCUCAGGAACGUCUCGUCACCUGCUUCAGUUGCGCAGCACACACCGUCACCGAGGGAGGGCAAGCGCCGCAAGGGACAUCAGAAGAGCUCGAGUGUCAAUCAAAAGCCCAAGAACAAGAACGCCAAGCGCACGACAGGAUGGGACAAGGAGAAUGAGAGAAGCGUCGAACGUGCUCGCAGUUCCUUCCAGAACGAAGGUCGGCUGUCAUACCAGGACGGUGAGGAGAUGGCGAGCGAUACAUCACCGAGGAAAGGAGGACAGUGGACGCUCUCGAUCAGACCAUCUCGGGAGCCAGACAGCCGACAAGGAACUCGGUCACCGAGCCAUACAUCAUCUCCGAGUGCGAGGUCGGCAUCGGCUGGCGCCCAAACUCAUCCUCGCGGCCCGUCAUGGUCAUACAAGCGAGAUGCGGACAAGUUCCUAGACAGGCUUGCUAAAGAAUUCGAGAACGAGUCCGAGUUCGAGACAGCCUCGUCGCGUCUGUCUUGCGGCAGCGACAUCGACCAGGUUCGAUCUGGAGGAUCCGCAAAGAGGAAAAUAAGCUGGGGCACGAUGAGCGAUGAUGCCACUACGGCGCCAUGUGUCGCCGAUAUGGACCUUCACAUGACCGGAUCUGAGCCAACAACAGCAAAGGAUGAACACCAGCAGAGGCUUUCACCACGGGUGCAGGACAUGUUGCAGCGCCUCGGCAACAAAUGUGUUCGUCGCCAUAGGCCCCGGACCACGGCGCUGGACUUGUGGCCGGUUUCGAGCUCUGAUAGGGCAACCAGUGACGCGACGAAUACAGACGCGCAUGCUGAUGCACGUCUUGAAGGCAAUGUUGGAGUUGACGAGUAG